AUGGUCUUGGUUGAUCAAGAGGGUGAUAGGAUACAAGCAACUGUUAAAAGGUUUUUUGCUAAAUCUUUUCAUAAAGAUUUGGUCGAUGGGAGAUCGGUGUUUAUCAAUACUUUUAAGGUUGUUGAGUAUAAUUCUGAGUAUCGAACUACACGAACACCUUUCCAGAUAGUGUUCUAUGCAACUACGACUGUCUCUGUAUGCUUGGAUUUUCCUCAAGAGGACGUCAUGGCUCAAGGAAAACAUCGUUCUAGACUUAAGAUUUAUCUUAGAGAUGAGAGCGAUCUACAAUUACCGUGUACUCUUUGGGCUGAUUACGCAAAAGAAGUUGCUGAUUACGUUAAACGUAAUUGCGCAUCCGUCGUUGUGGUUAUUAUAAGGCUUGAAUGUAUCAAAAACUAUCGAGGUGAGAUGAGCAUCUCAAAUGCUGUUAAUACAACUCAGAUAUUGUUUGAUCCAGUGUGCCUCUUGUGGCAAAAUUCUGAUCUGAGUAGGAAUCUAUUCAAUGGAAUUACAGUACGGUUGCCUCAAGAUAAGUAUAUUCUCAUUCCUAACGAAGAUGAUUCGGGUGUAGAUUCUAAAGAUUCAUUAAACAAUGAAUUUUUGGGAACUAAUAUUAGGCGAAAGUUAAGUUCUAUACAUUCGAUCGAUACGGUUGGUAAGUAUGACACAUUGGCGACCAUACGCUCGGUUGCCAAUAGUAAUUCGUGGUAUUACAUAGCAUGCAAGAAGUGUGAAAAAAGUUUCUUUCUGUUGUUGAACGUGGACGAUGGUUUUGGAGGGACGGCAGUCUUUGUCGUGUUCGACAAAAUUGCUCAAAAAUUGUUUAAGAAGACUGCCGAGGAAGUUUUCGAAGAGUCUGUUGGGGAUAAUUCGUCUGGACUGCCUCAAUCACUGCGUGAUCUAGAAGGAAAAGAGUUCCUUUUUAAGGUUGUUGUAACGGAAGAUAAUGUCAAAAAGGUUAAGACUUCGUUUUCGGUUGACCGGUUUACAUCUGAUGACUAUAUGAUUCAGACGUUCUGUAGUCAGCCUCCACUUUUGGAAACCUUUGUUUGUGAAGAUAAAGGAGCACAUAUCGAGAAAACUCUGCCUGCCUGUUCUAAAAGUGAUUGUGAUGAUCCUGAUGUCAGUGUUAAUGUAAAUGCAGAAGCUUCUAUCGAGAAGAUUGUACCUGCAUCUUCUAAAAGUGACUGUGAUGCUCCUGAUGACAUUGCUAAACUAAAUACAGAUGUUUCUAUUGAGAAGACAGCUCCUGUGAGUUCUAAAAGAGAUCGUGAGGAUCCUGACGUCAUUGCUACUCCUGUCAAAACAUCUGAAUCUAGAAGGAAGAAGAAUUCUAUGUCAUAG